AUGAAGUUUGUCAUUGAUUCGUUGUCUUUUUUGGACAAUCCAAAUAUUAAUUGGAAGGCAAUUAUUGUUGGAUUCACCGUGGGUCAAUAUGUGUUUGAGAGCUAUUUGCAAUACAGACAGUACCAAGUCCUCAAAAACAAAUCGCCUCCAGCCUCUAUAAAGGCUGAAGUUGACCAGACUACGUUUGACAAGUCGCAGAAAUACUCUCGUUCUAAAGCCAAGUUCUCCAUCUUUGCAUCAACUGUUGGUCUCUUACAAAAUAUAGCCGUCUUCAAAUACGACUUGUUGCCCAAGAUAUGGAACUGGAGUGGUGGUCUUAUGCAAUCUGCCGCAUUCUUGUUGCCCAAAUUCAUGGGUGGCGUUAUCACACAGUCCAUUAUUUUUGUCUUUACUACGCAAAUCAUGUCCACUAUUUUCGAAUUACCCUUGAGCUAUUAUAGUCAUUUCGUGUUGGAGGAGAAAUACGGAUUUAAUAAGCAGACCUUGAAUAUUUGGAUUACUGACAAGUUAAAAGGAAUUGCGCUUUCCAUCGUGCUUGGGUCCCCGGUUAUUGCAGGUUUUUUAAAGAUUAUUGAAUACUUUGGUGACUCGUUCAUUUUCUACUUGAUGGGUUUCUUUUUGGUUAUUAUGUUGAUUGCCAUGACGAUUGUUCCCACUUUGAUAAUGCCACUUUUCAACAAAUUUACACCAUUGGAAGAUGGAGAGUUAAAGACCGCUAUUGAGAAUUUGGCCAAGUCCCAAAAGUUCCCAUUAAAGAAGUUAUUAGUUGUUGACGGUUCCAAACGUUCAUCGCAUUCAAAUGCUUAUUUCACCGGUUUGCCAUGGAGUAAGCAGAUUGUUUUAUUUGACACUUUGAUUGAACACAACAGCACCGAGGAGACAGUUGCCGUCUUGGCUCAUGAGAUUGGACACUGGAAAUUGAACCACAUCCCCAAGAUGAUUGCAAUGCAACAGAUCCAUUUCUUUAUAAUCUUUAGUCUUUUUGGAGCUUUUGUGCGUAACAAGUCAUUAUACAACUCCUUUGGCUUCUACAAAGAACAACCUAUAUUGAUUAGUUUUAUGUUGUUUGGUGAUAUAUUGCAACCAUUGGAGUGCAUUUUGGCAUUUGCACAAAAUUUGCUUUCAAGAAAACACGAAUACGAUGCUGACAAGUACGCACAAGACUGUGGGUACUCUGAAGAAUUGAGUAGAUCAUUGAUUAAAUUGUCAAAUGAGAACUUGUCUGGUAUGAACGCUGAUUGGUUAUACUCCUCGUUCCAUUACUCGCACCCAAUUUUGCCAGAGAGAUUGAGUGCUUUGGGAUACAUCUCCAAAGAAAAGAUUGUGAAGAAGAAUGUUUCGGAACAGACUGAAGAUGUAGAAAAGUCUGAAAAACAAGAUUAG